AGUUAGUCCAAGCGCAGAGCAAUAGGAGGUCGCACUGAGAUCUCACCUUUCCGUUAUGUAGCCUAAGUCUCAAUUGAUUUAACUUAAUUGAUCAUUUUCAAACAAGCUUUAUGAAAGAGCACAACUUAGCUUUUUUUCUUUCACCCCACUUCAGUUAGGCUACUGGAACGUCGUUAAGAAGAAGAACUGGAGAAGUUAAUUUAACAUUAAAAAAAUGGGUACGAGUUUAAUUGACACCGUAAUUUACGCAUUUGCGCAUGUGUGUUUAUUAAGUUGCAUUGUACAAAAUGGUCAUUCUCAGCUUCAGGGCAACAGUGGAACGGCAGCUCUCAGACAAACCAUACAAUGGCAGCACAACGGCAAACUCUUUAGUAUAUUAAGUCAAGGCUCGGAAUAUCAGCCCCCGUUAAAACGAGACGGGAACAAAGAGCAGACGCAAGCCAGGCCGAUAGCCAUCGUCCGCGAUGGUGAUGCAGCUACGGGACCCGACGGCUCAGCUGCUGCUGCUUCAUUACGACCCUCCCAGAACCGCGGGUCCGCGCGUUUGCAGUCAGGUAUCGGUGCGCGCGGUGGUGCCUUGCGCUGGUUAUCAGGUGUAGAUGGAGCGCGCGCCAGAGGAUCAAACGGGAGAAGGAAUCAGACAGACCAGCUGCAAACAUCAGUCAACGGCACCGACAGACCCGCGCUGGACGAUGCAAUGAUGGUUGGAGAUGAUCCUUACAACCCAUACAAGUCUACUGACCCGGACAACCCGUUUUAUAACUAUUACGAUACGUACGAGCGACCCCGUCCUGCCCCGCGCCCGGGAUAUGGCACAAGAUACUUCCAGCAUGGUUUGCCUGAUCUUGUUGGAGACCCAUACAACAUCCAAGCGUCUGCGUAUGUUCAGAGAGUUCCAAUGUACAAUCUCAGAUGUGCCGCUGAGGAAAACUGCUUGGCGAGCAGUGCAUACAGAUCCAGCGUGAGAGACUACGACACGCGUAUGCUGCUGAGAUUCCCGCAGCGAGUCAAGAACCAAGGUACCUCCGACUUUCUUCCCAGCAGGCCGCGCUACACCUGGGAAUGGCACAGCUGCCAUCAGCACUACCACAGCAUGGAUGAGUUCAGUCAUUAUGACCUGCUGGACGCCAGUUCUCAGAGAAGAGUAGCAGAGGGACACAAGGCCAGUUUCUGUCUGGAGGACACGUCCUGUGACUAUGGCUACUACCGACGAUACGCCUGCAGCUCCCACACUCAGGGCCUGAGUCCAGGGUGUUACGACACUUAUAAUGCAGACAUCGACUGCCAGUGGAUAGAUAUUACUGAUGUGAAACCUGGAAACUACAUCCUCAAGGUUAGUAUCAAUCCCAGUUACCAGGUCCCAGAGUCGGACUACAGUAACAAUAUCGUGCGCUGUGAUGUACGUUACACCGGAAACCAUGUUUAUGUUUCGGGAUGUCAAAUUUCACAAUAUUAAGAAUCUGCUAAAGGAUUCCUAAGGAAUAGGGAACGAUAAUCAGAAAUGAAGUUUUUGAUGAUAAAAAACCUGCGACAAAGUGAACAGAUGAAUGGACGCCGAUCAAGGGCCACUUUCCUGUUUGUGAGAGCCAACAAUCAGCAGGGCAUUUUAAUGUUGACUGUGCCACAGAAUAUAAAAACCUGAGGCAUAAAUCCAGUUUUACAGUUAAUUGCAUUAUUCAUUUUUUUUUUGCUAUGAAAUUACAACCCGAAUUCCGGAAAAAAAAAUAAAGAGUCCAGGGUCAUAUUGUUGCUGGAUUCCUUUUGUAGAAAUUCGGAUGAACAGUUUGCAUAGAUACCACACAUUCCCAAAUCAUUCAGUGUCAUUCUUUCAGACUGAUAAAUUAUAACCAUUAAAGCUUCAGAUAUUGAUCCACACUAGGGUUUUUACCUUAAAAAUGCUUUAGUGUGCUAGAGCGAUGCUUUAGUUGUGUAUUCUAGUAGAUAUUUAUACACAGAUGCUCAUAUUACUGCAACACAUUUUAUAUAUGAAAUGAAAAUGACUUGAAUAAAUAUUUCACACUCAGCCUCAUUAAAUGACUUUGUCUUGCCACUCUCACAUUAUGGAAUUAACACCAUAAUUCAUGCUUCAAUUUCAGCAAAUGUUGUUGACGUGGCAUAGCAUUUUCCCUGUCACACAAGAUAAAAAUUGAUAUAAUUUGUAUUGUCGUAAUUUAAAAUACAGUACAUUUCUUUGUUCUACA